GACACUGUUAUAAUCACUUUACACUCAUUAACCCAUUUAAUCCUCACAACAGUAUGCGGAUUAAAUGCUUAUUCCCUUUUACAGUAGUGAAAAUCACUACUGUAAACCCAGACAAUUAAGGAAUUAGCACAAGCCCACACAGCACUGAAACUUUCAUCAGCCUGUAUCUCCUUACUUCUUUCAAAUUAUUGAUCAUUUUAGUACUAAUUUUUAGAGAAUAUUUUAAAUGAUCAAUUUCCUCAAGUUCUCUGUGUAGAGAUAUUUUCCUGGAGGCGGGCAGGGAAUGCUUAACAGGCUCAGGUGGCACCCUCAGAUCAAGGAUAUUUUAGCUUGAUUAAGGACCUUGUCUGAUCACUGAAGGUCAAGAUCACAUUUUACAAGGCUAAGGCAAUAAAUGGGCUAGAGUCAGAACUUUCGGCUGAUGGAUUCUGUGACUUUUUUGGAGCGAGACAUUUUUAUUCAUUUCCAAGCCAAAAACAGAUGUGUUUUUUCAGGAAUGGCUAAAGUUCAGGGAUUGGGGAUGGGGGAGGAGAAUAGAGAUCAGCUUCAGAUCCUUUUUGGAGUGAGACAACCGUAUAAAACAAAAAUAAGCCGUGAAGAAACCUGCAAGGGCUCCCCGCCCCCUCCCUGAACUGAGCAGCAGCAAACUCCCUUCUUCCUGGGGGGCUGUCCCGGGCCUCUCCCAGGGUCCUGAAGGCAGUUCUCUUCUGGACAACUUCCACUUGGAACACAGCCUGUUGUCAACAUGAAAGGCUCUAUUUGGAAUAAACCUCCAUGUAGGUCAGUUGACUGAACUGGGAAUAUCAGGUCAUGCUGUCAGGGGUACAUGGGGGUGAGCAGAAUAUUCUCUCCAAUGGAGAAGGAGACAAGCACACAGAGGAGGCCUGCCCUGGCUUCUCUGGUGGCCAACGACGUGUGUCCACCAUAGAGAAAAUGCAUUUCUGAGUGCUGGGUGGGAAUGUCAUGCUUACAAAAGCGUGAUGUGCGCUCUCCUCCAGGGCUGCCUGCAGUUCACUCCGGGAAGGAGGCCUUGUGAGUGAAGAUCCUAGAGAUGGGGGACUGAGCCGAUACUGUGACAUGGCAGGUGGGGAGGUGACAGAAACGAUGUGCCCUUCCGAAGGCUGUGAGCAAGAAGAGAGGGUAAAAUAGCCAUUGCAUAGGUGGUCGUGGAGUGGGAGUGCUGAGGGAGGAAUCUGCCCAAACUUCAGGAAAUGGACAGCAGGAAACACCCUGGAGGGCAGGGUUGGCUGGGUUAGCGCUCCAGGGCCUUCCCGGGUUCACGGGGAAUCUGUAAGGCACGCAGCGCCUGGGCACGUACGCACAAGUGUCCAAGUCCACAGAGAAUACAGCUCACAGCGGUCAAAGUCAUCGUCACUGAGACUGUACAGUCAGGGCGUUGGGGCAUUGGCGAUCCGAGUGAUUGGAGAAGCGGGGGUCAUUGGGUGAUUCCCACCUCUGCUGUGUCCGUGAGGCGACAUCCAGACACGCCCCCUUUUCUCAGCAGCUCCCCUCUCUGCCCAGUUCUGUCCUAGAAGGACAGACAUAGGCCCGUGGCCACCCGCCCAGGGAGCCCAGGGCGGAGGACUGGACCCGGGAGGCGGCGUAAGGUCUUCAGAUAUCGCCGCCGCGGCCACUCCUUUAGACUCUGGCCGUGCAGAGCCUGGGGGCGCUCUGCCGCCGCCUUAUAAACGGCCCAGCGCAGGCCGCCCGGGCCGGGAGGCGGGGACCGGGCAUCGGCUGAGUCAGGGGCGCCCGCCUGCGCCCACCUGUUGCGGCGGCGCGGGGCGACCGGCGGUGGCGGGGACAUGGGGCGCUACUCGGGCAAGACGUGCCGGCUGCUCUUCAUGCUCGUGCUCACCGUCGCCUUCUUCGUGGCCGAGCUGGUCUCGGGCUACCUGGGCAACUCCAUCGCGCUGAUCUCCGACUCCUUCAACAUGCUGUCGGACCUGAUCUCGCUGUGCGUCGGGCUGACCGCCGGCUACAUCGCGCGGCGCCCCAGCGGGGACUUCAAGGCCACCUACGGCUACGCGCGCGCCGAGGUGGUGGGCGCGCUCAGCAACGCCGUCUUCCUCACCGCGCUCUGCUUCACCAUCUUCGUGGAGGCCAUGCUGCGCCUGGCCAGGCCCGAGCGCAUCGACGACGCCGAGCUGGUGCUCAUCGUGGGCGCCCUGGGGCUGGCGGUCAACGUGGUGGGGCUGCUCAUCUUCCAGGACUGGGCCUCCUGGUUCGCCUGCUGUGGCCGCCGCCGCCGCCGCCGCCAGCAGCAGCAUCAGGAGCAGCUGGCCCAGGGCAGCCCUAGCGGCGCUCUCGGGGGUCUGCAGGGCACAGAGGGCCGGUGGCACGCCGGCCGGGACUCGGUCGUGACCCUCCGCGGGGCUUCGGUGGAAAGGAAGAAGGCGGAGGGGGCGACCGUGUUCUCAAACGUAGCAGGUGAUUCCCUGAACACCCAGAAUGAGCCAGAAGAGACUGUGAAAAAGCAGAAAAAGUCCGAAGCCCUGAAUAUCAGAGGUGUACUUUUGCAUGUGAUGGGAGAUGCCCUGGGGUCAGUGAUUGUGGUCAUCACAGCCAUCAUAUUCUAUGUGCGUCCCCUGAAAACUGAGGACCCGUGUAACUGGCAGUGCUACAUUGACCCCAGCCUGACUGUGGUCAUGGUCAUCAUUAUUUUGUCAUCUGCCUUCCCACUCAUCAAGGAGACUGCUGUUAUUCUCCUGCAGAUGGUCCCCAAAGGAGUCAACAUGGAAGAGCUGAUGAGUAAACUCUCCAACGUGCCCGGAAUCAGCAGUGUACAUGAAGUGCACAUCUGGGAGCUUGUAAGUGGAAAGAUCAUUGCCACCCUGCACAUCAAGUUUCAGAAAGACGGGGACUAUCAGGAUGCCAGCAUCAAAAUUCGAGAAAUCUUCCACGAGGCAGGAAUCCACAGCGUGACCGUACAGUUUGAGAAGGUGGACGUGAGGGAGCCUCCAGAGCAGGGGGACCUGUUGCUCUGCAGCUCACCCUGCAUCUCCAAGAGCUGUGAGAAGCAACUGUGUUGUCCCCCUAGGCCUCUGCCUCUGGCCCAUGUCAAUGGCUGUGCUGAGCACAAUGGCGGUCCCCCCCUAGACACACACCAAAGUGACAGCCUUGGGAGACAAGAAACCACAGAAGUGACUAUUGAAGUAUCUUUGGACGGCUCUCUGAGUGAGCACGGACAAGCUCUUAGCAAAACUCAGGAGGACCAAUGUUAUGUCAACAGCACCCAUUUUUAAUCUGGUACCCACAUAAACAGACUGUAUAGACAAGACUCUUUGAAACUACUGGCUUGGCUUGGGAAAGCGCUUUGUGGGUUGUAGACACCGACCACUCACAAUGUGCAUGCUCUGUGUUCAGUAAGAGGUUGGCUGUUUGGGAUGUUAGUUGAACAUGUCUCUUAAUUUUGAUGUGACGGAUAACCUCUUUGCACUGUCCUGGGUGUCUCAAGCUGCUCUUCUACAGUUUUAGUUUGAACAUUUAUUUUCGGAAGCAAACGGCACUAGUCUAUAGAUCAGGGACAUUGAAGGCUGGGCCUCAAUGGCUGUGGACACAAGGAUUCAAGGUAGUGUUUGUUUUAAACUGAUUAGAACUCCUAGCUGACUCUCAGGUGAGGUCAUAGCCAAGUACGUAAAAAAACAAAGAACAUUAAGAACCAUAAUAGCUAUAUUUUCCCCCAUUCCACUGGAAGGAAAUGCUUUUUGACUACCUCUUCAUUUCGUGAGGUGGAGAGAAACUACUAUUUACUUUCUGCUGUGAACUGAAUGUCAGCUAUAGGGUGUUUCAAGUGUUUAAAUACAGAAAAUAUUUUUUUUCCCACUUGGAAGUGUGGAAAUAUUUCUACAUCCUUAAAUAUGACACAAGUGUGUAUAUACUGUUUUUUUUUUGGGGGGGGGAAGAUUAGCCCUGAGCUAAUACCCACCUCCAAUCUGCCU